AUGUCCGCCCAACUGGCACAAUCCCACCAUCAACGCCGCGGCUUCCGCCGCCUGCCAAGCGCAGAGAAGCUGCUUCUCCCCGUGUACUCCCCCGGAGAAGGUCCUCGCUCGCCCGUCGCCAGUCCGCGGGUUUCAGGGGCGGAGAGACGGAGUGGCGCGGUCGAGACGUCGCUUCUCGACGCCGGUGUGACGAGUGCGCUCGUCGUGAAGAAGAACGACCUGCGCUCCCCUGUCGUCGGCACGCCAGAGAAGGUGCGGUCCUACCGCUUGGAGGGAGAAGGGGGGCCCGUCGCUCAGGGCAAGAGGAGGGCGCUCGUGGGGCUGAGUCUCCGCGUUCUGCGCGGGGUGACGAGCUGGUGUCGGCGGGCGCGAGAGGUCGUGCGGGAGCGAGUGUGGAUUGGAGAUGAGGACAACGAGCCGGUGGGAAGCGCGCUGGAGUGGAAGUUGACGCCGAUGGAGGAGGCGAAGCGGCUGGUGGAGCUGCAUUCCCUCCAAAUCUGCCCCCGCCUCAGGUGGAGGGGGCCCUCCUCUUCUCUCGCCUGUCUGGUCGCUUCUCCUGCCACCACCGAGCAAGUCGAGGAGCCCCAGUCCGCAUCCCCUGCUCCUGCUGCCCCUGCGACGCCCUUCGAGAGCGCACCCGAUACCCCCUUCGAGGUGCCCAUCUACUACGCCCACGAAGCCUGGACGCCGGCGGAUGCAUUCACGCUCUCACUAGCCGAAGAAGCGAAGGAGGCGGAGGCGCUGUUCGCGCGCCUGGUCGAGGGCGUCACGCAGAGCUUCGAGAUGGGGCAGUUCGACGAGGCGAAUGUGGCGGCACGGUUUGAGAUGCUGGAGGAGUGGUCGUCGGGCGAGACGUGGUUCACGGAGCAAGAGGUGGAGGAGUACCGGCGGUUGAUUUGCUGA